CAGACAGCCGCAAAAUGAGGAAGUACUGGGGUGAUUUCAGAGAUCUAAUGUUUAAAAAGUCUGCAACCACUAAAAAGGUUAUAGAUGACCACGAGAAACAGAAGUCAUCAUCCCAUGUGGGCAGCAAUGAUGGGAGCAUGGACCGGGGGAACUGGACCAAUAAAACGGAGUACAUGUUGUCUAUGAUUGGCUACGCUGUGGGUCUGGGAAACGUAUGGAGGUUCCCUUAUUUGGCCUAUAAGAAUGGAGGAGGUGCGUUCCUCAUCCCGUAUUUCAUUAUGCUAGCUGUUGCUGGUAUUCCUAUUUUCUUCAUGGAAAGUUCCUUAGGUCAGUUCUGCAGCCAAGGCCCUGUCAAUGUGUGGAGGAUACUGCCAAUAUUUCAAGGUGUGGGUGUAGCCAUGGUUGUGGUCAGUACACUAGUAGGCAUCUACUACAAUGUCAUCAUUGCCUACAGUCUCUACUACUUGUUUGCUUCCUUCCAGUUCCCUCUGCCAUGGAGCGACUGUUUCGACUGGUCCAACACCAACUGUAGUCUCACACCACGAGAGGUGUGCAACAUUACAACUGCCGCCAGCUGGAGUGAGCCAAUACUUACAGGCAACAUGACACUGUGGGAGAAUCACACCUGUCCAGAGAAAGACAUCAUCAGCAUCCCAAUACAGAGCCCCAGUGAACAGUACUGGGACCUGGUGACCUUACAAAGGUCGAGUGGUCUAGAUGAGACUGGCCCAGUGGUGUGGCAUCUGGCUCUCUGUCUGCUGUUGGGAUGGCUUCUCGUCGCUGCUGCCCUUUACAAAGGCAUCCAGUCCUCAGGAAAAGUUGUGUAUUUCACGGCUACAUUUCCCUAUGUGGUGUUGCUGAUCCUGCUGAUUCGAGGGUUGACACUAGAAGGCGCCAGAGAUGGGAUUGAGUUUUACAUUGGCUCCAAGUCAAACCUCACUAAACUGGCUGAGUCAGAGGUGUGGAGAGAUGCGGCGACACAGAUAUUCUAUUCUCUGUCCUUAGCAGGGGGUGGAGUUACAGCCCUGUCCUCUUAUAACAAGUUCCACAACAACGUGUUCAAGGACGCACUCACCGUUUGCCUCACCAACUGUGGUACUAGUCUGUUUGCAGGCUUCGCCAUUUUCUCCAUCCUAGGUCACAUGGCUCAUGUUUAUGGAAAACCUGUAUCAGAAGUGGCUCAGGCAGGUUUUGGACUAGCCUUUAUUGCAUACCCAGAUGCCCUGUCCAAACUUCCCAUCUCUCCUCUCUGGUCCAUCCUCUUCUUCUUCAUGCUGCUCACCCUUGGACUCGACUCACAGUUCGCUGGCAUUGAGGUCCUCUCCACCUGCCUUGUGGAUGCGUUCCCUGAAACCUUGAAAUCAAAACGCUCCAUCAUCUCCAUGGGAAUCUGCUCCAUCUUGUUCCUGCUCGGCCUGCCAUGCGUAACACAGGCAGGGAUAUAUUGGGUGACUCUGAUGGAUCAGUUCUGUGCUGGCUUUGUUAUACUGUUCGUUGCUCUGUUAGAGCUGGUGGGGAUCUUCUACAUCUAUGGAGGAAACCGUUUCAUUAAGGACAUAGAGAUGAUGAUUGGAACAAGGCACUCUAUCUUCUGGCUGUGGUGGAGAGCAUGUUGGUUCUUCAUCUCUCCUGCCAUCAUCACGAUGAUCCUGGUGUGGUCAUGGUUGACCUUCCGUCCCCCGUCCUACGGUACUGUGCAGUACCCUGCAUGGGGUGUGGCUCUUGGCUGGUGUAUGAUCACCUUCUGUCUCAUCUGGAUCCCCCUCGUCGCUGUCUGGAAAAUAUUCCACGCCCAAGGAAAUCCCUGGAAGCGUCUGUGUGCUGUGUGUUCUCCAGUGGAGGGUUGGGGUCCGUACCUGGACGUUCACCGGGGAGAGAGAUAUGCAGAUGGAGGACAGGUUGACGGGAAGAACUCUGUCCAGCUGCCUGAACACAACCAUUACCAGAUGUCAAAACAACCCAACACACCUCUAACCCCCUGAUCGGUGUGUCUGUUCACAUUUCAGUAACUCAUAAGGAGCAGACAUUUACUCAGUGAUAUUAAAACCACUAGUUUGACCUUGUUGGGACCUUUGGUUAGUUGCAAUAUUCUGGGUUAAUGAUAGAUUUCUUCGGUCAGAGUAAAGGUCAAAUUAGGAUGAAGAAAAAUAGGAUUUCUAAGGUGAAGAAAUGUUGAUGUCCCAAUUU